AUGAAGGGACCUUGGAUAUGUUUAAAACGACCAGGAAAGAGCGCGCAAUAUAUGGUCAAGGGAAUGACAGAUAUGAAGGAGUGCGCUGUUGGAAUCUUUGAGGAAUUGGCGCCCGUUCCUGAUAUAGAGGCAGGCUUUGAAUCCCUGAGCGGCCGGGGCUGUGUCGGGAAGAGAGGGCAAUUGCAAGAACUUAGAAAGGCCCCCAAGCCGAGGGGUUCCUCAAAAGUCAGAUCCUUUGUUCACUGCAAGCCCCACGGGACCUACAGGUUGGUCAUGAGUGCGGAUCAGACGUCGGCAUCAAUCCGCGAGAGCCCAACAGGGUAUUUCGGAAGAUUUCUGACCGUGGUCCCCAGUGGCGUUUCGUGCCGGAGACAUGCCCCGACGCAGAUUCCAAGCACUCUGUCAACUUGCACCAUGUGGCUCCUGGUGGUUAAGAAACGGGCCAAGUGUCUGGGGGCCUCUGGUGAAUCCAGACCACGGGCGGGAAGUCAACUCAACUCAAGGGCGGGCGGCGGCGGCGGGAGUCACGUCGGGCGGUUUUGGAGCCGGAGCCUGCUGGCCAUCACGUGA